GCCAUGGGCUAGCGCGAAGAGGCAUUCUCUUCAGUGGGGUUUGCGGGACGGGAGAUCGGUUCUCCUUUUCCUCCGGCUGCUUUUGUCUGUGUGUGUGUGCGCGCGUGCGUUUGCGUGUGUGUGUGUGUGUGUGCGUGCGUCCCUACUCGCCCUCCUCCCCCUCUUUUCUUGUGCGCGUGUAAUUUUUUUUUGUUGUUGUCGUGGUCGUCUUUGGGUGUCGUCUAUGUGUGUGUCGCGGGGGGUGGGGAGGGGGGCUCGCCCGGGUUAUUGUGUGGCCUUGAUCGAGAGGUGGCAAGUGAUCUGCAAAGAAAGAGAGGCGGAGAAGGGGGCCAGGAAGGGACCAGAAUAACCAUCGCUAGUUUUAUAUAUAUAUUUAAAAAGAAAAAAAGAAAGCAAAGAGAGAGGGGGGGGAGAGGGGAGGCCAAGGAGAAUAAUAAAAGGAGGCUGGGCUGCUUUGCAUUGAAGAUUGUGGCGCUAUUGAAAAGCUUUUGAAAAGUGGGGUUGUCUUCCCACCCGUGCGUACUUCGAUUCGGGGAGUAUAUUAGAGCCGGACAGCGGCUGCCACAGCAGCGGCACCUUGGGAGCGUCUCUGAGCGAAGGGGACUCUGCAGGAAAGAGGCAUGCUUUUAUCAAAGAGACGAUCGCAGCUCACGGAGUUUUCCCUAAGUCUUUUUCUUGCGCUAUUAUGCUUGCGAGUCAAGGUUACUCUAACAUCGGGCCAGUUCGAGUUUGAGAUCAUAUCCAUGCAAAAUGUAAACGGCGAAUUGCAAAAUGGAAAUUGUUGUGAUGGGACCCGAAACCCAAUUGAUAAAAAAUGCACCAGAGAUGAAUGUGAUACCUAUUUCAAAGUUUGCCUGAAGGAGUAUCAGUCCCGCGUUUCUGCUGAGGGCGCUUGCAGCUUUGGAUUGGGAUCUACCCCUGUCAUCGGUGGGAAUACCUUUAAUUUAAGAUACAGCCGGAAUAAUGAAAGGAACCGGAUUGUCCUCCCUUUCAGUUUUGCCUGGCCGAGAUCCUACACGUUACUGGUUGAAGCCUGGGAUUACAGCAAUGACAGUGCUAGUGCAGAUAGCAUUAUUGAAAAGGCAUCACAUUCCGGGAUGAUCAAUCCAAGCCGUCAGUGGCAGGUCUUGAAGCAAAAUUCUGGCGUAGCUCAUUUUGAAUACCAGAUCCGGGUCACCUGUGAUGAACACUACUAUGGUUUUGGAUGCAACAAACUUUGUCGACCAAGAGAUGACUUUUUUGGACACUAUACUUGUGAUCAGAAUGGCAAUAAAACCUGCUUGGAAGGCUGGAUGGGACCAGACUGCAACAAAGCAAUCUGUCGUCAGGGUUGCAACCCCAGACAUGGUUCUUGUAAAAUACCCGGCGAAUGCAGGUGUCAGUAUGGAUGGCAAGGCCAGUACUGCGAUAAGUGCAUUCCACACCCAGGCUGUGUCCAUGGCACUUGCAACGAACCGUGGCAAUGUCUCUGUGAAACCAACUGGGGUGGCCAAUUCUGCAAUAAAGAUCUCAACUACUGUGGGACUCACCCGCCUUGUUUGAACGGAGGGACCUGUAGCAACACAGGCCCUGACAAAUACCAGUGUUCCUGCCCUGAAGGCUAUUCGGGACAAAACUGUGAAAUUGCGGAACACGCCUGUCUUUCGGAUCCUUGCCACAACGGAGGAAGCUGCCUUGAGACCCCUACUGGAUUUGAAUGUGUCUGUGCUCUAGGCUGGGCAGCACCAACCUGCAUGCUUAAUAUUGAUGACUGUUCUCCAAACCCCUGUGGGCAUGGAGGGACUUGCCAGGAUCUAGUUGAUGGAUUUAAAUGUGUUUGCCCACCUCAGUGGACUGGGAAAACAUGUCAAAUAGAUGCCAAUGAAUGCGAGGGCAAACCUUGUAUCAAUGCCAAUUCCUGCAGGAACCUGAUUGGUAGCUAUUACUGCAAUUGCAUUGCUGGCUGGACUGGCCAGAAUUGUGAGACAAAUAUUGACGACUGUGUGGGACAGUGUCAGAAUGGAGGAACUUGUAAGGAUUUAGUGAACGGUUAUCGCUGUCUCUGUCCACCUGGCUAUAUCGGGGAUCACUGUGAGAGAGACAUCAAUGAGUGCGCAAGCAACCCUUGUUUGAAUGGGGGCCACUGCCAAGAUGAAAUCAAUGGCUUCCAAUGUCUCUGCCUGGCUGGUUUCUCGGGAAACAUCUGUCAGUUGGACGUAGAUUAUUGCGAGCCCAACCCUUGCCAGAAUGGGGCCCAGUGCUUCAAUUACGAGAGCGAUUAUUUCUGCAGCAACUGUCCGGAUGAUUACGAGGGCAAGAACUGUUCCCACCUCAAAGAUCACUGCCGCUCAACUCCUUGUGAAGUGAUUGACAGCUGUACUGUUGCUGUCGCUUCCAACAGCACCCCAGAAGGGGUUCGCUAUAUCUCUUCCAAUGUUUGUGGCCCCCACGGCAAGUGCAAGAGCCAGGCGGGCGGCAAGUUUACUUGUGAAUGCAACAAAGGCUUCACUGGCACCUACUGUCAUGAAAAUAUCAAUGACUGUCAGAGCAAUCCAUGUAAAAAUGGGGGCACGUGCAUUGACGGCAUCAACUCCUACAAGUGUAUUUGUAGUGACGGCUGGGAAGGCACCUUCUGUGAAGCAAAUAUCAAUGAUUGCAGUAAAAGCCCUUGUCACAAUGGAGGGACGUGCCGAGACUUGGUCAAUGACUUUUUCUGUGAAUGUAAAAAUGGCUGGAAAGGGAAAACUUGCCACUCACGUGACAGUCAGUGCGACGAAGCCACGUGCAACAACGGAGGGACGUGUUACGAUGAGGGCAACGUCUUCAAGUGCAUGUGCCCUGCAGGAUGGGAUGGAGCCACUUGCAAUAUAGCACGGAACAGCAGCUGCCUGCCAAGCCCCUGCCAUAAUGGGGGAACAUGUGUUGUAAGUGGAGAGUCUUUCACAUGCGUUUGCAAAGAAGGCUGGGAAGGACCUACGUGCACGCAGAAUACAAAUGACUGCAGUCCACAUCCUUGCUACAAUAAUGGAAACUGUGUGGAUGGAGAAAAUUGGUACCGCUGUGAAUGUGCUCCAGGUUUUGCAGGUCCUGACUGCAGAAUAAAUAUCAAUGAAUGUCAGUCUUCACCUUGUGCUUUUGGAGCUACAUGUAUAGAUGAAAUCAAUGGAUAUCGCUGUAUUUGUCCACCUGGCCGCGGUGGUCCCAUAUGUCAAGAAGUUUCAGGAAGACCCUGCAUUGCCAGUGGGCAUAUUAUUCCAGAUGGUUCAAAAUGGGAUGACGAAUGCAACAGCUGUCAGUGUGUGAAUGGAAAAGUCUCCUGUUCUAAGGUCUGGUGCGGCCCAAAGCCUUGUGUGAUAAACGCCAAGGGCCACAGUGAAUGUCCUGCAGGCCACACCUGUCAUCCUGUUAAAGCCGAUCACUGCUUUGUCCCACCCUGUGACAACGCGGGCGAAUGCUGGCCAUCGAAUCAACAGCCGGUGAAAAUGACCUGCAGUUCUGAUUCUUACUACCAGGAACAUUGUGCUAACAUUACCUUCACCUUCAACAAAGAGAUGAUGACUCCAGGUCUGACAACCGAGCAUAUCUGCAGCGAGCUGCGGAACCUGAAUAUCUUGAGGAAUGUCUCCAUUGAAUAUGCUCUCUAUAUCACCUGUGAGCCAUCGCAUUUGGCAAGCAAUGAGAUUCACGUGGCAAUUUCUGCUGAAGAUAUCCAGGAGGAAAAUAAUCCAGUAAAGGAAAUAACUGAUAAAAUUAUCGAUCUGGUCAGCAAACGUGAUGGGAAUAGCACCCUUAUUGCAGCUGUUGCAGAAGUCCGGGUCCAGAGGCGGCCAAUUAAGAGCAAAACAGAUUUCUUGGUCCCGUUACUCAGCUCCAUUUUAACUGUGGCUUGGAUCUGUUGCCUGGUCACUGCCUUUUACUGGUGCAUCCGGAAGCGGCGAAAGCAGAGCACUCACACACACACCACCUCGGAAGACAACACCACCAACAACGUGCGGGAGCAACUGAACCAGAUCAAGAACCCCAUAGAGAAACACGGGGCCAAUGCUGUGCCGAUCAAAGACUAUGAGAACAAGAACUCCAAAAUUGCCAAAAUAAGGACACACAAUUCAGAGGUGGAAGAAGAUGACAUGGACAAGCACCAGCAGAAAACCCGAUUUGCCAAACAGGCAACCUACACGUUAGUAGACAGAGAUGAAAAGCCACCCAACGGCACGCCUACAAAACAGCCAAAUUGGACAAACAAACAAGACAACCGGGACUUGGAAAACGCACAAAGCCUAAACCGAAUGGAAUAUAUUGUAUAGCAGACAGCAGGUGCUGCCGUGCAGGGCCUUUACCUAUCAAUCUAAGGCAACUCGGAGCUUGUAGUUCUUAAAACGGUUGUGUAAUAUUUUGAGUCUAAGGCUAUUAUUUGCUUAAUAUCCCUGUGUUAAUUUAAAGUUUUGACAAGCUGGCUUACACUGGCAGUGAUAGUUGCUGUGGUUGGCGGGAUUACCAAGUGCUGCAUUUCACAUCUAUGCAAAACUAGUCAAAAAGUGCCCCCUCUGUCAAUUCAGCCGCAGCCGACGCAUCCCAGAAAGGUUUCAUAAGGAACCGCUAGGAUUUUUUGCUUUCUUUUUUCCUGGAGUGGGAAAGAAAUAUAUACAUAUUGGUGGGUCUGUUCGUUUUUUUGUUUGUCCCCCCCCCCCCCAAACUUCCUUCUCUCUCGAGAAAUCACAGUCUGUAGUCUUAGAAGAAAAAGUAUGUUUUAUUUAUUUAUUGAAUUAGAGUUCUUUUGUAUAUUGGUUUUAUGAUGACAUGCAACUAGUUCUGUAUUUGAAAGUGCCUUUGCAGCUCAGAACCACAGCAACUAUCAAAAAAAAAAGUUUAUUAUUUAUUUUUUUAUGGUAAUUUUUUUUUUCGUUUCGUUUUGUUUUGUUUGCGGGAAGGGAGGGACCAGGAAGAUUCAUUGUCAGCAGUUGCUGGUAAAAAAUAAUAAUGAAGAAUUGAGAGGAAAAUGUGUCAAAAGUAGAAGUUUGUAUAGUUAUGUAAAUAAUUCUUUUUUAUUAAUCACUGUGUAUAUUUGAUUUAUUAACUUAAUAAUCAAGAGCCUUAAAUAUCAUUCCUUUUUUUAUUUAUAUGUAUGUGUUUAGAGCUGAAGGUUUUUCAUAGCAUUGUAUUGCUUAUGGCUUCUUUACUUUUUUUACCUUUUUUUGUUGUUACAUGUUGCCUACAUGCCAAAAUUUAAAUGUUCUGAAUUUCGUUUUGUCUUAUUUUUAAUUUUUAACAAUAGGAAGGGCUUUCUAGCCUUCGAUGCUGACUUUUUUGUAUGAUGUCAAAUGUGUCUCUUUUAUUCCUUUGGAAACAUCUUCCAUAGUAUCACAUUCAUUUUUUUUUUUUUUGUAAAAUACCAGCCAAGGCAGUUAGAUCUAGUUUUCUCUCUCUCUCUCUCUUUUUCUGGCUGCUUUAAAGAUGGGGUGGGAGGGAAGGAAGGAAAGGAUGACAGACAGAUCACCUGCUUCAGAGCAGCUUAAGGGAACACUAAAGGAGCUAUAACUUCUGUAGAUGAAAUGUGAGAGUUGUGAGUGGUUGCAUGUAAUUUAAAAAAAACUGAAUUAGUGUGUGAAGUUGGAAGCACCAAAAUCUUACUUUGUAAACUCUUGAUUUCCCCCCCCACCAAAAAUAGUAUAAAACUGAACCACUUGUAGAUUUGAUUUCUUUCUUCCUUUUUUUUUGUAAUCUACUGUAUGUAGAAAGUAUUCUAAUAAGCUAGUCAUUGAAUACUUGAACAGUAGAACGUCCAGUAAGAUCACUGUGUAGAUUUGCAUAGGUUCCACUGCCCGCCUUAAAAGAAAUGAGGAAAUCAAAGUGCUAUUACAAAAGAUGGAUGAUCAAAUAAUAAUUUUUAAAAAAAGGAUUCAGACAUUGACCACUUGGAUCACAGAGAUAAAUUGUAUGACAAUAUUAGUGUUACAUGAACAUGAAAAUACAUCUCUUGAUGUGUUAUUCCUGGCAAUAAAUCUUGAAAAAUAUUUAUUAAAUUUUUUUUUGUAUAAAACUGUGAAAAAUGAGCUUCAUUGAGCUGCUGACUUCAGUGUCUGGCAAAUAUAUUUUUCAUAGCAUAAACAUCAAGACCCUUUCCCAAUUCAAUGCCACCUACGUGU